AUGGGCAGCGGCGACGCGCCCUCGAUCCAGGACACGCAGCUGACCCUGCGCGCGCUGGUGUCGACCAAGGAGGCCGGUGUGAUCAUCGGCAAGGGCGGCAAGAACGUGGCCGACCUGCGCGACGUGGCGAACGUCAAGGCGGGCGUCUCCAAGGUCGUCCCCGGCGUCCACGACCGCGUGCUCUCGGUGACCGGCUUCCUACCCAACGUCGCCCACGCCUACGAGCUGGUCGCCCAGACACUGGUCGAGAACCCCAUGGCCACGACCCACCCGGGCCUGCAGCCGACUGCGCCUGCAUCCCUGCAGACCGUGGUGCGCAUUCUGAUCUCGCACAACCUGAUGGGCACUAUUAUUGGCCGCCAAGGCCUGAAGAUCAAGCACAUCCAGGAUGCGUCGACCGCGCGCCUGGUGGCAACCAAGGAGAUGCUGCCGCAGUCGACCGAGCGCGUAGUGGAGGUGCACGGCAGCGUCGACGCCAUCCGCAUUGCAAUCGAGGAGAUCGGCAAGUGCCUGAUCGAGGACUGGGAGCGCGGUGUCGGCACGGUUCUGUAUAACCCUGCGACGCGCGUGCCGACGGUCUCGUCGACGUCCAACCCGUACGUCAACAACAUGCGCGCCUCGGUCGACUUCACCCACGCCGACCCCGUGCCCGUCGUCCCGCACUCGGCCGCCGUUGCUGCGCUGAGCCGCCACCGCUCCCACACGGUCGCGCGCAUGCGCUCGCAGUCCGUCAGCGUCCAGCGCCAGAUCGACCCUGCCGCAAUCGCCUCGAACAUCCGCACCCAAGAGAUUGCCAUUCCGGGUGACAUGGUCGGGUGCAUUAUUGGCAAGGGCGGCUCGCGCAUCACCGAGAUCCGCCGCCUGUCGGGCUCCCGCAUUUCCAUCGCCAAGGCCUCGGAGAGCGAGGGCGGCGAGCGUCUGUUCACCAUCACCGGCACCCCCGAGUGCAACGAGAAGGCGCUGUAUCUGCUCUACGGCCAGCUGGAGGCGGAGCGCGAGCGCCGCAUUGCCAAUGCCCACCUGAUGGCCAGCCUGGAGAGCAUCAACGAGCAUGUCAUUGCUGAAGAGUGA